GAUCCUCGAGGCUGCGCAUCAGCCCGGGGCGCAAGAGCGCCUCCUCACCCAACUCUCUCUCCCUUCCCCAUUCCCCCGCCUCCCUCCGCAUCAGGUCCAGCCAUGGAACUGCGCUCUGAGCUCCCCAGCGUGCCCGGCGCGGCGACGGCAGCUGCGACUGCGACAGGGCCGCCCGUGGCAUCCGUGGCGUCCGUGGCAGCGGCCGCAGCUGCGGCCGCGUCGCUACCGGUAAGCGUGGCGGGCGGCCUGCUGCGGGCGCCGCCACUGUUGUUGCGAGCGGCCGAGAAGUACCCGCGGACCCCAAAGUGUGCUCGUUGUCGCAACCACGGCGUCGUGUCGGCGCUCAAGGGCCACAAGCGCUACUGUCGCUGGAAGGACUGCCUGUGCGCCAAGUGCACGCUCAUCGCCGAGCGCCAGCGAGUCAUGGCCGCACAGGUGGCGCUACGCAGGCAGCAGGCACAGGAGGAAAACGAGGCGCGCGAGCUACAGCUGCUCUAUGGCACCGCUGAGGGCCUGGCGCUGGCCGCCGCUAACGGCAUCAUCCCACCCCGGCCUGCCUACGAGGUCUUCGGUUCCGUGUGUGCCGCGGACGGCGGGGGGCCCGGAGCUGGAGCGCCCGCAGGGACUGCUGGCGGUGCGGCAGGCGCAGGGGGCGCAGAGGCCAAGUUACAGAAGUUUGACCUGUUCCCUAAGCCGCUGUUGCAGUCCGGCCGCCCGGGCAGCCCGCAGCCGCCGCCAGUGAAGCCCUUGUCGCCCGACGGCGCGGACUCGGGUCCCGGGACGUCUUCCCCAGAGGUGCGGCCUGGCUCUGGCUCGGAGAAUGGCGAUGGAGAGUCCUUUUCCGGGUCGCCCCUGGCUCGCGCCUCCAAGGAGGCCAGUGGCAGCUGCCCCAGCAGUGCUGGCCCCAGUGGCGGCGGCGAGGAGGACAGCCCGGGCUCUGCUAGCCCUCUGGGCUCCGAAUCCGGUUCGGAAGCUGACAAAGAAGAGGCCGAGGCUUCCUCGGCAUCAGGGCUGGGAGGAGUUCCCGGGCCACGGCAGCGGACACCGCUGGACAUCUUGACCCGCGUCUUUCCGGGCCACCGGAGAAGCGUUCUGGAGCUGAUACUGCAGGGCUGUGGCGGCGACGUGGUGCAGGCCAUCGAGCAGGUGCUGAACCACCAUCGCGGAGGCCUGGCGGCCGGCCUGGGCCCCGCUACGCCCUCGGAUAAGGCGGUGGUGGGCGCGGCGGCAGCUGCGGAGGACGCGUGGCCGGGCCGCGUAGACGCCGCGGUGGCUGCAGCCGCGGGAGGCCCGGGGUUGCCCGCGCCACUGCAAGCUGGGCCCGCAGCACCCCCGCACCACAGACCCUUGCUGGCUGGCGCCAUGGCGCCCGGGGCGCUGGGUUCCCUGAGCAGCCGCUCGGCCUUCUCGCCGCUUCAGCCCAAUGCCAGCCACUUCGGCGCCGAUGCGGGCGCCUACCCGUUGGGCGCGCCGCUCGGCCUCAGCCCCCUGCGCCUGGCCUACUCGGCGGCGGCGGCGCACAGCCGCGGCCUGGCCUUCAUGGCGCCCUACUCCACGGCGGGCCUGGUGCCCACGCUCGGCUUCCGCCCUCCUAUGGACUACGCCUUCAGCGAUCUCAUGCGUGACCGCUCGGCCGCCGCGGCCGCGGCUGUGCACAAGGAGCCGACCUAUGGCGGCAGCCUGUACGGGCCAAUGGUGAACAGCGCCCCGGAAAAGCAGUAGGGCCAAGGUCCCAGCAGCCGGGAGAACCCGAAAUGGGAACCUCCGCCCCUACCUGCCUUGUCCCCGUGGACUUUUGGGGCCCUCUUCGGCCGCGCGCGCUCUGCGCCCUGGCUGGGGUUCUGCUGCCCCCGAGGUGAUUUUUCGGUCUUGUUUUGAAGGGGGAAGGGAGGAGGAAGAGGCUGAUCAAAAGGGAGCAGCUACGGGGCAGGUGGUCUCGGCCCGGGUGAGCGGC